GACGCGUCCUCGACGCGUCUUCAUUCCUGUCAAGUUAUCCCAGCCUUGCACUCUACGCCGACCAUGUCCUCGGAAGCAUCUACGUCAAAGCCGGCUGCAGAUACCCUUGCUCAAAACCCGGAGCCCUCGAAGGACGAUGAAAGCCAGCCUCACCUUGGCGUUCUCGAGGAAGACGAUGAAUUCGAGGAGUUCGCUGUUGCAGAUUGGGACGACUCGCAGACUGACCUGGCUCACCUGGGAGGCGCGGCUCCCGGUGCGGCAAAGUCUGGAGGAGACAAGUUAUGGGAGGACAAUUGGGAUGAUGACGAUGUCGAGGAUGAUUUCAGCGUGCAGCUAAGGGGGGAGUUAACAAAGACGGGCAAGGGAGGGGAUUCGAUGCAGCAGUAGCCCACCCGCCACCUAUUCACCAUUCCCCGCGUGUACUUUCUUUUAUCAAUCAACGCCUCUCGAAUUUGAACUCCGUUCUAUGGGACCAUCAUUUAUCUAUCCUGGCUACCCAUCAAGCAAGGCCAUUACAAACAAACAAGAACGUCACAGGGUUCAUGACAGGGCAUUACAACAGACAACAUAAUUUAUCCAACUAUUAAGAUAUAGCAACCACCCAGCACUUGACGAAAGAAGAGGCUCAGACAGCGACGGCCUUCUCCGUCGACUCCCCGUCAUAUUUUUCCAUUGACGCGGAGGAAACGACGGUCGACUCGGCGCCAAGGCCCAUUUGCGAGGUAUCGUACCCGUGCGCUUCCAGGUACUCGCGGAACAGGCGGUCCUCCUCUUGCAUACCGUCGUGACUGAGUGGCUUGA